AAGUGGGAUUUUGGGAAGUUGUAUUUAACGCCUGUCCGCUUGACUUCUUGACAGCUCAGACAGUGCACUGAAUGCCACGCCCAUCUAACUGCCGGAUUUAUUUCGUCUUCUUUCCCAAAUGCAUCAAUUUUUAGGGCUUCGGCUUCUGCAUAAUUCUAUACUCUCUGAUCUUUCUAUACGCAUGGAUGCUUGACAAAUAUACACAAAUCUCUUCCUAAUUGCAAAAUUUUCGUUUGGAAUUUGGCAAUCGGGGCUGUAGCGGGAGGAGCCAUGCCGUUGCGGUUUCCAUGGAAGAAGAAGAAGACCGGUACCCGAAUUUCCCAGAUGGUGAAGGAUCAAUUUCACCGGAGAAAAAACGCCGCGUCGCCGCUCGUCGUCGAGACCGGUUUCCCCACUUCCAUCGUCGAUCUCAUCGUUAAUCAUCGUGAUAGGUUCAAGAAGCCGUCGUCUCCUUCUCUCCGCUCGAAGAAAAACAAUCCUCCGCCGCCCGCGCCGCCUUUAAUCGAUGAUCUCGAUUUCGUCUCUCCGCCACAAUCACCGCCGCCGCCGCCGUCUACAUCUCUGACUUCUCCCGCUCUUCUGAUCUUGCCUCCGGGAAUUGCAGUUCCUAUUACGGGUGAGCAAGAAAGCGAUGCCCCGAGUCACAGAGGAGAAUCGCAGCCGCAGGACAUAGUUAUUCAAGGGGAAGAUGGUAUCUGCAACACUGUGAAACCCAAUAGGGUGUUAGUGGUUGUUCUAAUGAUUUUCUUAAUGGUUGUUUUGGCUCUGGGGACGAAGAAGUUCGCUUUGGGGAUCACCGUGUCGGCGUUCUUGUUGUUCUUUCUUGAGUACCUGGGAAAACACGUGCCCGGGUUCUUCACACCCUAUUCCAAAGCGAAGGAGAGGCUAAGGCCGAUAGUGAUGGGAGCCUGGAGUUUUGUGAGCUCUAAAAUGGCUAGAUUAGAGGAAGAGGAAGAGGAAGAGGAUUGCCUUUUCAAGGCGCCGCUGGUUGAGUCAGUAAGCCCACCAGUCUGCUCUUUUGGGGAGAGUGAUGGAAAAAGUAGUGUAAUUCAGGAAAUUGAAAUGGAAGAGCUCGAAGAGGUUCAAUACAGAAAUGAGAAAAGUUGUGAAAAAUCCUUUUUUGAUCGGAAAUUGAAAUGUGAAGGAGAUUUGGAGGUUCGGAUGGAGAAAGAAACAGAGGUUAGAAGUGAAUUUUCUGAAUUCAAGAUAGGAGAGUCUCACAAGGCCAAGAUAAAAUCCAAAAUGAAAUUAAUUGUUCCAAAGAAGUUUAGAAGCUUGAGGAAGAAACCAAAAGACUUGGAAACUGAGUUAACCCUAACUGGGGACAGUAACUUUUCUGUUCUUGAGGAAAAGGAAUAUCAUCAAGAGUUAGAAUUCGAACACGAAAGCAAAUUGAAUGGUAUUGUCAAUGCAAGAGAUGCUUGUGAAGCCAUAAGCAGUUCUGUGGAAUUGAUUGAUGGAGUAGUGGAAACAAUGGUAGUUGCCAAAGACAAUUCAAUAGAAAAGGAGGAGAAUUCUGGAUAUAUGGUUCUCUUUUUGAUUGCCCUUCUUGGUCUAGUUGGAGGUCGAGUCUUCGCACUUCUGUUUAUCUUGGCAUGGUGCUUCUUGUCGAGAUCGAGAGAAGCAAUAAGGAGAUGCUUAAAGGUUCCUACAGUCAGAAGAUACAUAUGGUAAUAUAUAAAUACUGAUGAAGUUGGAUAAAAGAAUGAAAACAAUCAGAACUGUGAGCGGAGACUCUUAAUAGUGGCACGGUUGACUUGGAAGGCCUUGGUGAGCACAUCAUUGUUGAUAGGUGGAUUUGUCCCGAAGAUGGAAUUGGCAACAGAGAUGACACCAGGAUUCUGGCUGCUCAAGAAGGCAAUAACGGUGGCAUUUCCAGGGCCAACGUUCUGUUGGAAGUGAACAUGUCCUGUGGGGAAGACAAAGGCAUCGCCUUCCUGCAGGACCUUGGUGAUGAGCCGGUUCUCUGGGUUGGAUGUCACAAAGCCUACACUGAUCUUACCAUGCAGGACCAACAGUAUCUCAGUCGCCCGAGGGUGGAUGUGUGGUGGCACGACACCUUUGGGGAGGUAGUCGACUCGCACUGUUGAAAUGCCAAGGGUGUUGAGCCCUGGGAUCUGGUCCACAGUGAGGCGGUUAAUGCUGGUACCAUAAAUGCUGAAGUUGCCAGCCACGUUGAGCCCACUAUAGGAGAAGUGGUGAGCUUCUACCUUCUCGGGGUCCAAGCAAGGGAAGCCAUUGACCCUGAUGGACGAGGAGCCACUGAAAUCUGCAACGCAGAUGUCUUGUAAUGGACUAGGCUCCGACGCCAUGGCAACAAUAGCUGCUACAAGACUUAACAUGAUAAUGCUUUGCUUUGUAAGGAACCUCAUCUUCUUCUUUUUCUUCUUCUUCUUCUUUAACUUGGGAAGUUAGUUAUGAGGAAUGGAUGUUCAGCUUCCCUAUAUAUAGGAAGGAAGCUGCCGCAUGAGAUGCAUAUGAGACAAAGAUUUGGCUUCAAUUAAAGCCUGAUUUGGUCAAGUCAUCUUUGGCUUAUGAAUGAUCAUGUCAACUAGGAGCUGGGAAUUGAAGUGGUCUUCUAAUGUUAAUAUGACACGUUGUUUUUAGUUUUUUUGAAUAGUGAUGAACCUUUCGUUAUGGCUAAGUUUUUUUAAUGAAAACAGAGAUUCAAAUAA